AUGUCACUGAAGAACCUGUGGCAUCAUCGCAAGGUGGCCGAUGGCGCAGCUAAAGCUUGUUGGGUCUGCUACAAGCCCUCGACUAGUGUGUUGAUCACGCCGGAUAACAAGGACUUCUUCUACAUUUGCGUUGGGCACCUGUCAGAUCGUGGGUUCUGCCAGCCUGAUGCAGACGAAGUCGCGGCAGCUGCAGCUCGCAAAAAAAAGGAAGAGCUUGACCUUGAAAUCGAGAAAGUGAAGAGAGAGUAUGAAGAGAAGCAACGAAUAAAGCGUGAAAAACGCAAAGAAAAAGUAGAGGAUGAGGAAAAAGCUAAAGACAAAGAUGCUAAGAAGACAGACGAGGAGAACAAGACAGAUGAAAAAGCGAAAGACGACAAGAUCAACGAGCUUUCGAAGUCCAAAGACCAGGCCCAGGUCAAUCUUGGCCCCCGCAUCUUCACCUUGAGCAAGUACAGCUAG